AUGUGCGCUAAUGAGGCUGCAGUGAUGGGCACUGAUAGUCUGUACUGAUGAACACUGAUAGGUGGCACUGAUGGGCACUGCUGGACCAGGGGCGGACUGACAACUCAUGGGGCCCCGGGCAAUAUGGGAUCAUGGGGCCCCUGUGUCCUUGCCCAAACUCAAAAAAACCUAUGAAAAAGGUACCAGGGGCAUCUCAUGGGGCCCCCUACUGAUCCCAGGCCCUCGGGCAGUGCCCGAAUUUCCAAAUGGUCAGUCAGCCCCU